UAACACCCUGAUAUAACUCAGACAAUACUAGACCAGAGAACGGAAAGUGACAGACUAGACGCUUAUUUUAUAACAUCAAACUUUAUUAGAUUGCAGUACUCACUACUAAUAAUAAGAAUAAUACUCAUACUAUUGGCUCGGACUGCAGAGUAGAGACCCGUAGACCUGUAGACCUUCAUCAGACAUGUCGUCAGGCAUAACUUGUUUGGACUUCGGCGAGUUCACAUCGUCCUGCGAGUUCCACUCCCAUAAUUAUCCGCGAUUUUAAAUUUUACGCUAUAAAUAUCGCGUAUUUUGGUGUGUCGCAGUGGAAAAACCAAAAAUGUGUGUGACCGGUUUUUGAUUAACACUACUUAAUUUUUUAAUUAAAUUAAAAUUAAUUUUUUUGAGUCAGUAUUAAAGAUUUUCACGGUAGAGCAAGUUAAAUAAUUUUCUUAAAAUUCGGGUCAAUAAAUCGACCGAAAAUUGACGGAUGAUAAGUUCCGUGUUUACUUUUGCGUACAAAGUAAGACAAAAAUCGAAUUGUUUAUGAUCGACAAGUGGUAGCCCGACGCAAUGAUUGUGUUGGUAAACAGUGUCUGCUGAAGAAGAAUUGACGAAAGCUUGACAGGAUGCCGGCAUCUCCAGGUGGUGUUAUUUUCGGAAUAAUAAUAAUAACAAGAAUAACUAACGAGAUACUGUUGUCGCGAAUCGAUAUCUAUGCCACGCACAGACUUGACUCACCCGCUCAACUAAGACGCUAGAUGUUUAAUUGCGGUCACAUCAUCAUCAUACAUCAUUAAACAGCGCAGUACCACUGAUAUAUGUAUGUUAAAAAGUAUUCUGCCGCAUCUGGGUAUUUUAUUCUAAAUAUAAAAGUUAUUUCUAAGGAAAAAAAGAGGAUAAAUAUAGAAAAAAGCGCCUGUGAAAAGAGGCGAUGAAGAGAAGAGAUUUUAAUUGAAAGCGGAAUAAUUAAUAAACAAAUAAAAAUGAUAGCCUGCUGGGUACUCGUCGGCGUAUUUGGUACAGUGGUACUUCUAUAUGCCCUCAUAGAGGUGCACUACUUUCUGAGGAUGUUUUUAACCGUUUUACUGGCGAGGUUUUGCAAAAAACCGGUGCACAUUUUAGACGAGACUACUGUUUAUGGACUCUGUACAACAACAGACUUGGACACUUUGCUCUAUCACAUGAACAAUUCACGGUAUUUACGAGAGUUGGAUUUUGCUCGCGCGGAUUUUUAUGAGAGGACGAGUUUGUACCGCGAAAUUUGCUCCCAAGGCAAAGGAGUAGUCCAAGGAGCCGCGACUAUUCGCUACAGGAGGUUUUUGAAGCCUUUAUCCUUAUUCAAAAUAAAAUCCAAGAUUAUAUACUGGGACGAUAAAUCGAUAUUUAUGGAACACAAAUUCAUAACACCUCAUGACGAUUUCGUCCGAGCGAUAGCAGUUUGCCGGCAGCGAUUAUUGGACUGCAGUGCUGAAGCUGUUAUGUCGACGCUGUUAGAUCGCGGGGUCAAACAGAACGGAAGCGUCGAGGGUGGAGUCCCCCAGACACAUGUAAGACCGGAAAUGCCGCUAGAAGUAGCCAAAUGGCUGGAGAGCAAUGACAUCUCUUCGGCAAUUUUGAGAGGAACUGAGACCAGCUCUGUUGUCACGGCAACUUAAUUUAAUAAUUGUUUACAUUGAUAAAUAAUAAAAUUAUUUAUUGACCGAUCUCCCGCAAACGCGGUUUAAUUAUCAAACUAUACAUAUUAAAUAUUAUAUAUUGAUAAUAUUUUAAUAAAUGAAUUGUAAAUUAUUUUUAAUGUGAGACCGUUUAAAGAACGACCAUUAUUAAUCUUGUGUAAUUUUAUUAUGUACAUAUGGUUGUGUAUUAUAUAUUAAAGUACUUGUAUGUUAAAUUUUAA